AUGAUAAAAAGCAGGAUAAAUUGACACUCACCCCACUCCUCUGAUUCUGCAAUUUUAAGAAAAGAAACAAUGACUAAGACUUAUACAAAAGUAGACCAAUUAAAUAGAAUUCUUAAGACUCGCUCUAUAACAUUUUUUAAAAAUCAAGAAGAAUCACCCCCUACUAUCACUCAUAAAAAUAAAGAUCUCAAGAGUAAAAUAUCUGAAUUAAAAGAAUUUAUAAGAGAUCUACGCAAAAAGGCCAACACAGCAAAUGAUAAUGAACAAAAUCUUAAAAAACUGAAAAUAACAUUACAAUCUUCAAAAGAGGAAGAAAAACAAUUAAAAAGCGUUCUUAAAUUUCAUGAGAAUAGUAUCAAAGAAAUAUAUUUUGCUUUAAAAAAUAAUGAAAAUCCAACACAAUUGUUUACUUUAGCAGAAAAAAUAAAAUCAAAUAAAAGUUCUUUAUACUCAAUUGAUAAUAUACGAAUGACCUACCUUCCCGUGGAGGGUGUCCUUAUGUGUAUUCGGAAGUUGUUGUUUUUGGUGCAGUAAGUAUCCAAGCGUUGGCUUAGCCUCUAAGUGAGGCCCAGAUCGAUUUCCACUAAUUAUUGGCCAGCUCGAGCAGCUUUUUUGCCAGCAGCACCCAGGCCCAUAGCGGGUACCCUAAAUUGUUUUGUGGCCUGGAACGAACCUGCGCAAGCACGUUUAGUUUUUUCCUCAGAGAAGAAGAUAUUAAGGGCUAGUCUCUCCAGUAUAAAAGGAUACCUUAGCAGGACGAUCUCACCUAAAUCUACGCAGAGUUGGGAAUUUGGCAGUGAUUGGAAAUGGAAGUUACUAGCACACUCUGAUUUUUCCAGAUGAAGAGCAAAAAUGCUUCUACGGGAAGCCGGGAUUAAACCGGACUCAAGCUGCUUCGAGGGAGUCCAGCCCGCAGGCCUUCACCGCAGAAAGCACGAUGUUUCAGGAAGUGGGGACUUCAAAUACUCAUCAUUAAUCAAUCUAAUUUAACAUUCAAUUGAUAUUAAAUUUGAGACACAAGAAAAUAAGCCAAAUAAUCACUUAUCCCCAAAGUCUAAAUUUCUGAAUAGUCCAUACAAUUCUCCUUCAUUCUCCUAUCACCGAAAAACUAAAAGCCAAACUUUUAUAACACCAAUAGCCCUAAACUUAGACUCAAAGUUAAACUCAAUAAAAAAGCGAACUAAAAGUGUCCUAGACAAGCUUAAUUUGGACAGAAAAACUAGGAUAAAUAAUUAA